CUGCUUUGAGAGCGAGUGUGCGACCAUGCGGAAGGUGGUUUUGGUCACAGGGGCGAGCAGUGGCAUUGGCCUGACCCUCUGCAAGCGGCUACUAGCGGAGGACGAUGAGCUUCACCUGUGUUUGGCAUGUAGGAACGUGGGCAAAGCGGAAGCUGUCCGAGCCGAUCUACUGGCCUCUCACCCUACAGCCGAGGUCACCAUUGUGCAGGUGGAUGUUAGCAACCUGCAGUCGGUGUUCCGGGCCUCCAAGGAGCUCAGACAAAGGUUUCAGAGAUUGGACUAUGUAUAUCUAAAUGCUGGAAUCAUGCCUAAUCCACAUCUGAGUAUCAGAGGACUUUUUUCUGGCCUCUUUUCAAGAAGGGUGAUGCAUAUGUUCUCCACAGCUGAAGGGAUGUUGACCCAGGAAGACAAGACCACUGCAGAUGGGCUCCAGGAGGUGUUUGAAACCAAUGUCUUCGGCCACUUUCUCCUGGUAAAAAGACUUUGGGUUUAAUAAGCCAACACUUAGUGU